UGGCGACUGCGGGUGGGGGUGGGGGUGCUAUUUCCCUUGGAGAAGAGUUAAGUGCUUGCUUGCUACGCUCCUGGCUGUGGCUUCUCUGCCCGCCCCUCUCGACCUGCAGCCUUGCAGGCAUCGGCUCACUGCACAGGGAGCCGGGUGGGUCCGGCCACAGCAAACAGGCUUUGAUGCUGGGCUCUGGUAGAAGGAGGUUGCUGUCAACUCUGCUGCAGGUUCAGAAGAGGCCCUGUCAACCCUGCAGAAAUAUGAGACUGGUACAGUUCCAGGCACCUCACCUGGAAGAGCCUCACGUGGGCCUAGAGUCAGGGAUUGGUGGGGGAGUUGUAGACCUAAACACCUUUGACCCAGCGCUCCCCAAGACAAUGGUGCAGUUCCUGGAGCGGGGAGAGACUGCCCUUUCGGUGGCAAGAAGAGCCCUGGCUGCCCAGUUGCCACUCAUCCCUCGGUCACAGGUGACCUUCUUAGCCCCUGUCACCCGGCCAGACAAGGUGAUAUGUGUGGGCUUGAAUUAUGCAGACCACUGUCAAGAACAGAACGUGCGGGUGCCCAAGAAUCCCAUCAUCUUCAGCAAGUUCUCCAGCUCCAUCGUGGGGCCCUAUGACAGCAUCAUCCUCCCACCAGAGAGUAAGGAAGUUGACUGGGAGGUGGAGAUGGCCGUGGUCAUUGGGAAGAAAGGCAAACACAUCAAGGCCACAGAUGUCAUGGCUUACGUGGCUGGCUUCACUGUGGCUCAUGAUGUGAGUGCUCGGGACUGGCAAAUGAGAAAUGGAAAGCAGUGGUUACUGGGAAAAACUUUUGAUACUUUCUGCCCCCUGGGCCCUGCCUUGGUUACCAAGGAUACCAUAGCAGAUCCACACAAUCUAAAGAUCUCCUGUCGAGUGAAUGGGGAGAUUGUCCAGAGCAGCAACACCAACCAGAUGGUGUUCAAGACUGAAGAUCUGAUAGCCUGGGUCUCCCAGUUUGUCACUCUGUACCCAGGGGACAUUCUCCUGACUGGGACUCCUCCAGGUGUUGGCAUGUUUAGGAAGCCUCCUGUCUUUCUCAAGAAGGGUGAUGAAGUCCAGUGUGAGAUUGAAGAGCUUGGUGUCAUCAUCAACAAGGUGGUGUGAUGGUGUCCUGUAAGCACUGGACUUGACACCAGGCAGAACUUGUGCUCCCACCCAGCUCACUGCUGGCCCUGCCUACUUAAGGCUGCUCUUAGGUAGGCCAUGGGAAUAAAUUUUCUCUCAAAGUUGCA